AUGGGAGCCAAGCUGCUGUGCCUCUUCCUCACCUCUGCGCUCCUUGCUUACUACCUCUACACCCCCGUGCUCGAGGACUUUGAGGAGCCCUGGAAGGUGAUGCUCAUCGCAGCUGGUGUCAGGGUCCUCGAUCAUGUGUCUGAGGUUGCCGAUCGGCUGGGUCUGAUGCACUACAUGGAAGCCACGAGGCUGAUCACAAACAUCGAUUACGUCGCGCCCACGUCUGAUGAAAACGUCACUGUGACGGACACAGAGUUCGGCAAGGUCCCUGUCCGUCUGUACCUGCCCAGAAAGGCGUCUGACGGGCUGAGAAGGGCAGUGCUCUUCUUCCACGGUGGAGGAUGGGCUAUAGGACAAGCAGGCGCGAGAUCCUACGAUUAUCUGACAAGGAGGACUUCAAACAACUUAAAUGCUGUCGUGGUAUCAGUCAAUUACAGGUUGGUGCCUGAAUACCACUUUCCCAUUCCAUUUGAAGAUGUGUAUUCAGUGACAAAGUUCUUCCUCCAGAGCAGCGUCCUCUCCCAGUACCGGGUGGACCCAGACCGGGUCUGUGUGGCAGGAGACAGUGCAGGUGGCAACUUGGCAGCAGCUGUGGCACAACAGCUGCUAGAGGACUCUGAAGUCAAAACCAAGCUCAAAGCCCAAGCUUUGCUUUACCCUGCUCUUCAAACCCUGGACAUGAAUUUGCCGUCUUACCAAGACAACAAAAACAAGCCCGUUCUAACCAGGUCGCUCAUGAUCAGGUUCUGGAGUGAGUAUUUCACUUCCGAUCCGUCUCUGAGGCAGGCGAUGGCCUCCAACCGCGCGGAGCGCGCACAGAAUUGCCCGGGGUUCCUGGACCGGCGGGCGGCCCCGCUGCUGGCGAGCGAUGCCCAGCUGCGCGGGCUGCCCCUCACCUACGUCCUCACCUGCCAGCACGACCUCCUGCGGGACGACGGAGUCAUGUACGCCGUGCGCCUGCGGGCGGCGGGCGUUCCCGUCACGCAUGACCACGCCAAGGACGCCUUCCAUGCCGUGUUGUCGUUUGCCUCGUGUCCCCUCAAGUUAGCUGUAGGGCGCCGGCUGUUGGACAGGUACAUCGCGUGGUUAAACGAGAACCUGUGA